AAACUUUUCUGACAAGUUGAUUCCCCUUUCAAAUCAAAAUCAAAACAAAUCGAAAUUGUCGAAUUAAAAUUCAGAAAUUAAUUAAAUUUAUGCUCUAAAAUGGCACUGGUUCAAAAAAGACCAUAUCCAGAGACGUCUAAAACACUUCAGAUUGAAAACUUAGAACCACCAAAGAAGAAAAUUAAAAUUCAACUGAAAGGAAGUGAAAGAUCUUUUGCAGCAUUACUGAAACGUCUUGAAAGCACUUCUAGCAGUAAUGAGACAUUACAGAUACUUACAGAAAUUUCAGAUACUCCAAAUUUCUAUGAUUUGUCACUGGAUGCUGUGAAAUUCUUAGUGAAUAUGUUUCGAAAGGAAAAAGACUUUAUACGAGUCAAAAUAUUGUACUUGAUGAGUGAUUUCGCAAUUGAUCAUACAAUCGAUGCAUGUUCACUUUUAGAAGAUAUUUUAAUUCUAAUGAAAUCCGAAGAAUCGUCAAAAGUUAUCUGUCAAUCGUUUAAUUCAAUCUUUAAUAUUGGACAAUCCGGUCAAGUAAUUGCACAAGCUGUCUAUUUACGAAUCAUAGAAUUUGCUAAGCAAAAAUUGUCAUCUUCUAAUUACAACGUUCAAAGACAUGCAAUAAGAAUUAUUGGAGCAUUUGCCAGCAGGGAAGAUGCUGAAAAAGAGUUAAUGCUCUUAGUAUCGCAUUAUAUGGAUAGUCCUGAUGCUAGAACCCGUGCACAGGCAAUCAAUUCUAUUUUAUGCAUGGGUAAUAGAGCAAUCCAAUUAUCACAAUCACUUUAUUCGAGAGUUGAAAAGCAUCUUAAAGAUGACUACGAAUGUGUUAGAAAAGAAGCUCUGCAGUUGGUUUUUGAAAUAAGUCAACGACACCCAGAAUUUACCGUGAAGCUUCAAGAUAAUGAUAAUGAAAUGAGAAUUCGAUUGAUAGACGAUGCGUUUGGAAAAGUCUGUUCAGCAAUAUCAGAUUUAUCGAUGCAAGUGAGAGCUCAAGCUGCUGAAUUAUUGGGACAGAUGAAGCUAGUAAACAAUGAAUUUUUGUUUCAAACUCUCGAUAAAAAGCUUAUGAGCAACAUGAGACGCAAAAAGACAUCACAUGAACGAGCUUUUGAAAAUUUUACAAGUGGUGAAUGGUCUAGUGGACGAAAAUGGGCAGAUGAUGCUCCACAGGAAUUGAUUAAUACAGAGUCUAUUUCUCUGAUCGAUUCUGGCGCUUGUGGUGCUUUGGUUCAAGGUUUAGAGGAUGAAUUCUUAGAAGUAAGAAUGGCAAGUGUGAACAGCAUGUGUAAUUUAUCAUUAAAUAAUCCUCCUUUUGCUGAAAUUUCACUUGACUUUCUUGUCGACAUGUUUAAUGAUGAAAUUGAAGAUGUGCGAUUGCAAGCCAUAUAUAGCUUGACUAAAAUAUCAGAACAUAUUAUCCUUCGUGAAGACCAACUGGAAAUUAUGUUAGGAUCAUUAGAAGAUUACAGUGUAGAAGUUCGUGAAGGACUUCAUUUAAUGUUGGGAGCAUGUCGUGUGUCAACAAGAGCUUGUCUCACUUUAGUCGUUCAAAAAUUAUUGGAUGUGCUGUCAAAAUAUCCACAAGAUAAACUUUCAGCAUAUGGUUGUAUGAAUAAAGUUGGAAGCAAACAUCCAGAACUUUGUAUGUCUUUGACACCGCAACUUAUUCAAGAUCAUCCAUUCUUCGAUAGCGCUGAAAAAGAUGUUGAGGAUCCAGCAUAUGUUUGUGUCCUGAUUAUGCUGUUCAAUGCUGCAAAGAAUAUGCCACCAAUGUUGAGCUUAUUUCCCGAUAUAAUUCUUAAACAUUAUGCCUAUUUAAGAGACACAAUGCCAAACUUCGUACCAUACUUACCGGUUCGUAAUCAGACCGAAAUGACUCUUGUUGGAACAACGGGAUCACAACAGUUUUUGAGAACGUUAUUGAGUAAUAUUGAAGCUACAUAUUUUAUCAAAACAGCGCGUCAAUCAUUACUUCAAGCAGCUCAAGAGAAUCUUGGUCGAUUAGCUUCAAUUGAUCCUGAAUUAUCGGGAACAGCAAAUUUUACUCGCGACUAUUUGGGAGCUGAGCUCUUAAUGGAACAAUUACAAAUUAACUUAAUGACUCAUCGAGUACCAUCAAAAGAAAGCCUUAAUCAGUUAAUUAAUAAGUGCUUGAGACUUCAAAAUCUCUUCAAUAAUUUAACUCCUGAGGAUCAUAUGUUGGUAAAGCAGAUUUGUGUGCGUGCUAGUGCUUUAAAUUUAGUUUUAGUUGUUAAAGAUAAAUCACAAUCGGCUUUACUUCCAUGUCAAUUACUGCUUCAUGUUGCGUCGGAUGUUCUUGAGUUUUUGAAACAAAAUCCAAAUCUAUCUACAGACUUGUUCACAAAGUCAAUUUUGUCUUACUUGGAGACAGUGAGUGAUCCAAAACCAGGCCGUGUUUCGAGAGGAAUUUUACCGGUCGUUCAAUCUUCUAAUUAUCUGCCAAAUUCAUUGUCAUUAAACUUCAAUAUCAAAAUGUGCACAGCCAGAAUCAUUGAGCCUGAUGAAGCAAUGUCUAAUGAAAAUGUUAUUAAAGUUACUGCUGGUUUAAUAGCAGCACUUCCGAUACAUGCUGAAAUUGAGCAAUUACAAGAAUGCCAGCGUGAGAAUUUGAGGAUAAAAAUUAAAUAUCCAGAUCAAAACAUUCACGUCGUCAUGCCACGCUUAAGAGAUUUAAAGAGAAUAAUUGGAGAAAAUGGAAGUGAGAUGUUAAACAGCUGGCGAUUAAGAACAAAUAUAUUGUUAUCUCAUGGAAUCUGGACAGAGCCGUCACAAGUCGACAUAUCAAUUUGUUUAUCAGUAAAGCCAUCUAACGAAUUGGAAUUGUGCAAACCUGUAAAAGUGAUUUUCUCACCGAAGCCAAUAAGAAAAGGAAUUUAAAUUUCUUUAUUAUACUAGCUUCUUUGCUUACAUUAAAUAUGCGAAAAACAAAAUUUUUUUUGGGUUUUAUCAACAUAGAAGUGGCUGUCAUUUACUGUAAAUAAGAAAAUUUUAAAUAUCGAAAACUAUUAAAGUGCUGUAAAAUUAAACAAGGUAGCAGCUACCAGCUUAUAAUGGCCUAAAAGCUGAAAAUUUAUUAACACCUGAAACAAAACGUCAGCAUUUUAGCAGUUGACAGUCAAAUAAAAGUAAAAUAAACAAAACAUCAAACA